AUGAAGUUCAAGUUCUGUUUGAUUGCUUCGCUUUUGAUUCUCUCUGCGGUGAUUUCGUCAUACGUUGUUUUAGCUCAAUCAUACAAAUCCAAAGAAGAAACAAUAGCAGAAACGAUCCACAUUCGAAAGAUAAUGAAGAUCGGAACACCUCGUAGUAAGUCACCACGCGAUCGCCAAUGGGGUGGUAGUGAUUCGUCACAAGCCGCAGGUCCAAAUUCACUAUAAGGCGGUGGCUAUACGAUUUGUGGCUACAUCGUAUAAUCUCAAAUAUAUGUUCCUUACUUAGUUUAUGCAAAGUACAAGAUACUUAAGAAAACCCAUAGCCGAUUCCUAUGUGUUUUUAUCAUUUUUCAAUUCCUAAAUGUUGGUUUUUUUUU